AGUGUGCUUGCAAAACUCCAUAUCAAAAUGAAGACACCAACACCACCUUCCUCUUCAAACAGCAAUCAAUCCUCUUAUUUAGGAAGGACACCAGCCAAUCUCUAUCCUGGCUGCAGAGCAGAUGCUUGAAAAAGUCAUUAAGGGUGCAGAGAUGGCAAUGCAGAGUUCUAUCCUUUUACAACAAGAACUCCAUCAGCUUCGCACAUCAAAUAGGCAUCAGAAAGAGAAGAUGACACGAGCUUUUAUUCAAGAUGGAGGGAGUUUGACUGGUGGUGAAGGGUUUCAAUGAUUGAGAGAACGGGAGAGGCAAGAAGAGCCAUAA